UUUAUGGAGUAUCAUAAUAUUAAUAACACACUGUAUGAUGCUCAGAGGGUGACAAGUACUUACGCUGAAAUAUUUUUUGAUAAAAAUAGCCUCUCUGCAGUUCAUAAUGAAGAACCUUCAGAAGAGGAAUUGCUUGUUCAAAAUUUAGACCAAAAAGAUGAGUGGAAAUCACCCAGCGAUCUUCUUGUGGGUAUUAUAAAAUUAAUUCCGCCGUUUACGUCAAAGAUUACUCGAGGCAAAACACAUGAAGGAAUAUUAGACAUUGGUAAUGAAGUUUUAGAAAAGGAACGUGCAAAAUUUCUAAAAUUGUUAGAGACAUUAGUGCAUGACAACGAUGCUUCCUGGGAGAACAUCUUGGAACAUGAAAAACAGGAAGUAGUUAAAAAAGUUAAAACCAUUUUUCAAAAUAUAUUUAAACACAAGAGUGAUAUUAUGAAACAUGAGAUAUCCAUGUUUUACGAAUUAUCUUUACAAGAUUUAGAAAAACACUUACAUUCAGAAAUACAAACUAAAAUACAAACAGCGUACGCGAAUAUUAUAUCGGACUUAAAUAUUGAAAUUCAAAAUAAGUUGCUGAAAGAAAGAAAAAAGCUUGAAAAUAUUUUGAAAAAAAGGUUUACUAUUGAAGUACAAAAAUUAAAAAAAUACUAUUCACUUUUAUUGCAUAAUGAAGUGCAUCGAAAUAAAAUACUAAUACUGCAAGCCGUUCAGGAGAGAAAUUAUGCCAUAGAAGCAUUUUAUAAACAAGUCGAAGCGGAAAGAAUUACUAGUACUAUGUAUAUAAUGAGCUUAGAGAGAAAAAAAUGCAAAAUCCGAAAAAUACUUCUACAAAAUUUACAAUCUGAUGAAGUUUUAAGUAAAAGUAAAAUAUUAGAAAAAAAAGCUCAGGUAAUAGAAGAUUGCAAACGAAAAUAUGUAGGAAUAUCAGAUAUCAAUAAACAUUGGGAACAAAAAAUUAAGAAAAUCUUACAGUUGUUUUUAAAGUUUAUAAGUUUUUCACUUAAAAUAUUACCGGAACAAACAACUUUUUUAUUAGACUUAGAGAAAAUGAUGAUGUUGCAAAUUAUUGAACUAAAAAGAAAUCCAGUAAUGUGUACUACAAUUUUAAAAAGUGAUGAUAUUGACUUAAACGUAUUUCAUUUUAAGCAACCUGAGCAGGAAAUAACUGUAUGUGAAAAAAAUCCUUUCGUUGUAAUUGGUGAUUUAUCAGAUCCUAUUCCUAAGGCGUACGGUAGUCGAGAGACUUUACCAUCUGAUGUAGAUUUACCAUAUUUUAGAGUCGGAAGACAAUAUGUCUACGCUAAGUGUCAUGGAUAUGAAGGUAUAAAAAGCUAUUUAGAAUCACAGAAAUGUAAAUGUCGUACUCCACGCGAAUCAUCUCCGCCGAAGAAGUUAAAUGAAGUUAAGUUACCAUCUAAAACGACCUGCGAAUCGAUUGAUAAAGAGUCUUCUUUAGAGUCAUUAUUACUAGACGAUUUCGCACGUCUUAAAGAUUGUCCAGCGAGGAAGUGUACAAACUGGAUAAAAACAAAUUCAUUUCCGAAUUUAGCCAACUAUUUAGAUUACACUAAAGAAAAUUACGAAAGAGUAACCACCAUUCUGAGUCCAGCUUGUAAAACAGAAAUUUCACCUCACUUUAUUAACCCUAAAGAUAUUGCAUAUAAGGAGCUGCCAUUUUCUGCAACCAAAGAACGUCAUCAUUCUGUUGGGACUCAAUAUUCAAGUACGGACGAUCUAAGCUUGCCAAAAAAUAGUUGUCAUUGUGUUAAAAAUAUUAUUGAACAAGAAAUGCAAAUAAACUUUAACCUCAAUUGUACUGUAAAAUCAUCUAACCACGAAUUAAAUGAAAUACUAGCAAAGCGUAAAAAAUCAUUAGAACGAUUGAUAGAUAAAAAUCCAAAUGUAUUAAAAAUAUUUACUGACGAAUGUUUCGAUUAUAAACAAUAA